AUGUCGUCAAGAAUUGCCUCUGCGGCUCUGCGCGUCCGCACCGCCCCCAUCACACUGCGCGCCGGACCGCGGUUCCAACAACCCACCCUUCUCAACCGCCUCUACUCUUCCUCGGCCGACGACCUGCCGCCGCCACCCCCCUUGCUGCAAAAGCUCAAGAGCGACCUCAAGACGGCGAUGCGCGCCAAGGAUGCCAACCGGCUGUCUGUGCUGCGCGCCAUCAUGGCCGCCAACCUCAACGCCUCCAAGACGGCGUCGCCCAUCAAGACGGACGUGCAGCUGGUGGCGCUGAUGCGCAAGAUUGCCAAGGGCGCCGAGGACGCGGCGGCCGAGGCGCGGGCCGCGGGCCGUCAGGACCUGGUGGACAAGGAGGCCGCGCAGGUGGCCAUCCUCGCCGAGUACAUGCAGGGCAGCGGCGUAGCGACGCUCGGCGAGGCGGAGCUGCGCGCCCUGGUGGAUAAGGUGGUGGGGGAGGUGCGGGCGGCGGGCGCGGAGGGUAGAACCCUCAUGGGAAAUGUGAUGAAGGGGUUGAAUACGGCGCUGGAGGGCAAGGAUGUGGACAGAAAGUCACUGGCGGAGCUUGUUAAGAAGGUGACGGCAUCGUGA